CCACGGGAACGGGCAGCCAGCAGGUCCUGCAGCCAAGAAGGGAGGCAGGGGCUGACAGGGUGCUCACCCCCAGUGGUGCAGGGUGGGCUCCUGGCCCCCUCUGACACCUGUCCUCACUGAGUGGUGCUGGUCACCCACUGCCCCCCCACCCCCCCACCAGCACCAGGGUGGGGGACUAGAGCACAGCCCUGUUCUAGAAGGGCAGGGGACAAGGGGAUGCCCCGGCUGCGAAGGCAGCGCAGGCCCCAACACCAGGCAGCACCCUAUUCCCUCAGGGCCAGCCUGCAGCAGGGCUGGGACAUCGCAGAACAACGCAGGCGAAGGCAUCCCCCCUGCCAGCGAUGCGCCUGCCUCGCCGCCAUGGCACGGCCCAGCAGCCCCGCGGCUCCCGGUGACCCACGGCGAGCAUCCGUGGUGCUGAGCCGCUUCGACUCCCUCUGCACGCUGUGCCGGGCCGGGGCGGCCGCAUCUUCCAGGUCCUGCCACAUCUGUGCCACCUCAGGCCUGGAAUCCCCUCUGCUGCAGGGCUUGGGCGAGGUGGACCGGCAACACCUCCCCCCGCUGUCCGUCAGCCACGCCGUCUUCUCCAGGGACGAGAACCCAGUGCUGCCGGAGGAGCCGAGGGCCGCUCGCACCACAGCGGAGCCCGAGGCCUGCAUCACCUACACGCUGCAGCGCACCCGGCUCCGCGUGCUGUCCGGCCUCGGGGAGCCACCUGCAGCCCUGAGGGAUGCCGAGCCCAGGGGUGACGCCUUUGCCAGGCUCGUGACAGCGCAGGGCAGCAUCCCCACCAUCGAUCGCAGCCCCAUGCCCCCCAUUGAGACCAGCUGGGCGCUGUACGAGGGGAACGACCUGGGGCUGCGCUGAGAGCUGCGUCCCUCAGCCGCCUGGUGGGGCGAGGGGACACCCUGCGGUCACCGCUCCGAGCAAUAAACCCGCAGUCUGUGUUGGGCUCUCCUGGCCAUCAAUAAGGUGGGUGCGUGGGACCGUCCCUAGGAGCAGCUGAACCUCUGCCCCGCCACCCAGGGGUGGGUGUCCUGGUGAGGGUAAACCGCAUGUCCCCAAAGCUGGGGCAAAAGCCAGGGUGAGAGCCCCAAGGCCACCAAGAGGGUCCCCCUGUGCGCUUGCCUCCUUCCGCUUGGGAUGAAGGGACGGCUUGUUCCGGAGUCGCUGCGGGAAAAGCAGCACCAAAGGCUUCUCAGUAAGUCGAGACGCUGAGAGCAGACAGCCCCAACACCAGGAAUUCAAGGCUCCCCCGCUCCCUGCCAACACCGGGGGCUUUUCAGGGUGGGAAGUCCAUCAUUUAAUUGACUAAGAAAAUAAACGAAAACAAGCCAAUGUACACAGGAGUGCCAGAAAGCCUGGCUUGAGCUGAACAGCGCUACGUACAGGGAUUUACUUAACAGGCUUUUCAGAACGAGCCCAGAGAAUCCCACCCCUCCCACGGCCCAGCAAGAAAGCGUGAGCUGAGCAGGGCUGCUGGAUCCAGCCCCACUCACUCUAAUCCCCCUGCUCCUGCCUUUGAGAAAAGUUACGGUCUUUUCACAGAGUGAACAUUAUUAAAAACAAAAUAGUGAAUUCCCCAAACACAGUAGUUCCUUUACUUAUAGGACUUUCAAUGCAAUUAUUUGUGAUGACCAGAGGUAGUCCUAGAAAUGAGAUUACACACCAAA